UUAUUAUAUCAUUAUUAUUGUUUUUUUUCUCCCCUUUUGUCUGUGUGGUUUUGUGUAAAUACAUAUUUGAUAUGUAUAUUACCAACAGUCUGUAACCUUAAGUACUCACCCUGAGGAUACACACUCCAGUACAGUAGGUGGCGGUAUGCACUUAUAACGUUAGUUGCGACCCGCCAUAAAAUGAAGAAGAAGAGAAGAAGCAGCAGCAGUGAAACGGACCCGGAAAAGAAAUACAACAAGAGCGACAUUUUAAACCAUGUUGUGCUCAUAAGUUCACGCUCUUUUGAAAAGUAACACUCUAAUUGCUUGUUAAGUUCUGGAGGGCGAACGUACAGUUUUAACGGUUGCCACCGCUUUCGAUUUGACAGCUAAAAGUUAAGAUUAGCUGUGUCGACCAGAAUGGACUCAUGGCUUCGCUUCAACUCGCAGAGUCAAGCCAAGGAGAAAAUGAUUCGGGCGGCUCAGUAUGCUUGCACACUGCUAGGAUACACACUGCACAAAGGUGGCGCUGCAGCUCAACUUGCCCAGACUGUGGGUCAGCUGGAAGCUCACUUGAGCCUGACAAGAAAGCUACUGCGUUUGGGGAACUCGGUGGAGGCCGUCGAAGCUGCGAAGAGGAGCGUCCACCUUUCCGACGGCGUGCUGAGGUUGUGCAUCACCGUCAGCCACUUGAACAGAGCCAUGUACUUUGCCUGUGACAACGUCCUGUGGGCCGGAAAGAUGGGCGUCGUCUCCAAAGUGGACCAGCGAAAGUGGAGCCAGAGAUCUUUUAAGUACUACUUGUUUGCACUCAUCCUCAACCUGACUCGAGACGUGUAUGAGCUCCAUCUCCUGAUGGAGCGUGAAGCACGGCAGAGAGCAGCUAAAUCUCCUCCCUCACGAGAACCCAGCCCCGACCUGUCCUCACCUGCAGUCGCGGCCUCCUUUGCCCUGCCAUACCUGUUGACGUGUUUGCACAGACGGCUCCACCUGCUGGGCACAGUACUGCACGACAACCCGCCACUGCUGCUUGACCUUCUGAGGAACACGUGCGACAUCUUCAUCCCUCUAGACCGCCUGGGGAUGUACCCUACUGGGAGGGGCUUUGUGGGCGCCUGUGGGCUGGCAUCCUCAGUCUUCUCCAUCGUCACCAUCCUGCAUCCUUGGCUUAAACUCAAACCAUGAAGUCAACACAAGAACUUAACUGAGAUUUCUGGUUUUGGAUCUAGACUCGUCCUCAGGAGCAAAGGUCACACUGCAAACAGAACUAACAGUUUUCGCUUCUUUUACCUAGCAAAUGUUUGUACUGAUUUUUAUAUGUACUGCAGAAAUGUAAUGUACCUUCAUUGUGUACCAUGGACAUUUAAAGGCCUACUGAAACCCACUACUACCGACCACGCAGUCUGAUAGUUUAUAUAUCAAUGAUGAAAUCUUAACAUUGCAACACAUGCCAAUACGGCCGGGUUAACUUAUAAAGUGCAAUUUUAAAUUUCCCGCCACACUUCCGGUUGAAAAAGCCUUCGGAGGAUGACGUAUGCGCGUGACGUAGCCCGGGGAACAGAGGUAUGCCUUCACCAUUGAAUACAAUACAAAAAAGCUCAUAAUUCCACAGUAUUCUGGACAUCUGUGUUGGUGAAUCUUUUGCAAUUUGUGUAAUGAACAAUGGAGGCUGCAAAGAAGAACGUUGUAGGUGGGUCGGUGUAUAGCGGCUGGCUGUAGCAACACAAGGAUUACUCACUUGGAUAGCAGACGCGCUAGCCGAUGCUAACCGGCCACCGCACGAAUGAUCGGGUGAAGUUCUUCGUCGCGCCGUCGAUCGCUGGAACGCAGGUGAGCACGGGUGUUGAUGAGCUGGGCAGAUGAUGGCUGGCUGGCGUAGGUGGAGCGCUAAUGUUUUUAUCAUAACUCUGUGAGGUCCGGUUGCUAAGUUAGCCUUAGCGUCGUUAGCAACAGCAUUGUUUAGCUUUGCCAGGCUGAGAUCUAUUAACCGUGUAGUUACAUGUACAUGGUUUAAUAGUAUUGUUGAUCUUCUGUCUAUCCUUCCAGUCAGGGAUUUAUUUAUUUUGUUUCUAUCUGCAUGUGAGACAGAUGCUAUCACGUUAGCUCAUGCUAAUUAGCAUGAGCUUCGUCGAUGUAUUGUCGUGGAGAUAAAAGGCACUGAAUGUCCAUUUCGCGUUCUCGACUCAUUUUCAAGAGGAUAUAGUAUCCGAAGUGGUUUAAAAUACAAAUCCGUGAUCCACAAUAGAAAAAGGAGAGUGUGUGGAAUCCAAUGAGCCAGCUUGUACCUAAGUUACGGUCCGAGCGAAAAAAAAAAUGUAUUUCACUGCAUUCUAGUCCGUCACUCUAACGUUCCUCGUCCACAAAUCUUUCAUCCUCGCUCAAAUUAAUGGGGUAAUGGUCCGAAUAGCUCUAGCUGCGUUGAAAACAAUAGGAAAAUAUGAGGGAGUGAACAACUGACAACGUCACGCUACUUCCGGUAGGGGCAAAGUUUUUUUUAAUCAGAGACCAAAAGUUGCGAACUUUAUCGACGUUCUAUACUAAAUCCUUUCAGCAAAAAUAUGGCAAUAUCGCAAAAUGAUCAAGUAUGACACAUAGAAUGGAUCUGCUAUCCCCGUUCAAAUAAAAAAAAAUUCAUUUCAGUAGGCCUUUAAUGUUCAUUUACUCACAGUAUGGCAAAUGUCAGCUCAUAAUUCUUGUGCGUUUUACAGUUUCCCUGUAUAAAGGGUGUCCAAAAUGGCGACGGCAUGUUUAUCUGCAUAGUCAUAUUACAUUAACAAUUAAAAGUAUUAGAUGUUGCAAUAAUGUACUUUGUAACCAAAAAAGCUAAAUGUCUUUGGUGAAAUGUCAUAGCAUAUAUUAAAUUGGAUUGCUGUUGUAUCCAUUUAAAUUUUCUGAAUGCUUGGUGCAAAGUUUGGACACCCUUACUGUUAUAAAAUCGAUUUUGUCAGUCACAUUUGAGCCUUGGUAGGUCUAACUGAAAGUAAAACUGUUCCUUUUUCUGAGUAUGUUUCUAUUGACUGGACCUAAUUUCCAUCUUUUUAAACCAAAUGACUGAUAAGAAUAUCAUUAAAAACUGAAAUUUAUUUGAGAACAGAUUCAAAUAAAAAAAACAUACA